CGGUCCUAGAUGUCCUGGAAUUCACGUUGUAAACAAGGCUGGCGUUGAACUCAGAGAUCCACCUACUCUGCCUCCUGAGUGCUAGAAUUAAAUGACGUGUGCCACCACGUCUGGCUGUAUUACUACAUUUUAAUCAAAAUGUAUAGAAUACUUUUAUGUUUUAUUUUAGGCAGGUUUUAUGUCUUAAGACAGGUUGUCACUGAGGUUGACCUAUAAUUCACUGUGUAGUCUAGCUGGUCUUGAACUCCCAAUAAUCUUCUUUGAGUGCUAAGAUUGUAGACAUAAGUGACCAUGCCCCACUGUGCCUUUAUAAGCAAGAAACUCAAGAUAAGUAGUUCCUUUAAGGCUAUACAACUUAGAUGAGUUCAUUGUACAAAUCUGAACACGAAGUCCCGAACCACAACCAAUAUUUUCUCACUGACUGGAUAGAAUAAGGCCCGAGAUUCCCAUGUCAGGUACUGCAUUAGGUUCCAGGUAGAGCUGAGUGCUUAACACUGAACUGGGCAGAGGAUCCGGGAUCUGCUGGUUGGGGCGUCAUUCUGCCAGACAGGCGUUUUACCAGAACUUGUGUUACACACAAGGAAAGGAUUGUACAUCAGAGUCGCCUUCUCAGAACUGGUGAAGGUUACAAGGUAGUUGUCUAAAUGAUGGAAUGUCAUAGUUAGCAGUCGGAGUCUAGGGAAGGAACAAGCUGUGCCUGUGGAAGGAACAUCUUGAGCCAAACCACAGGACAGAAAUUUUCUGUCCAGCCCAUGGGUGGAGUUUUGUCCAUUCCUCUCCACCAUGCUGAAUAUAAGCCCUGCCGUGGAGUCAGACUCAGAAAAGAGUGGCUCUUGGGACUGAUUGCAGCUCAGCAUCAGCCAUGAAUCUCAAGGUGCUGCUGGCCUUCCUGGUGCUCUCUCUGCUUACUGUCCUUGCUCUGGCGUAUGUCUUGCUGACCAGGCAAAGCAGUUCCAGCCAGCCUCCUCGGUGUCCCUCCAUACCUCCCAGAAUUCAUCCCUGGACACACCCUGGCCAGAGCCAGCUGUUUGCAGACCUGAGCCCCGAGGAGCUGACAGCUGUGAUGAGCUUUCUGACCAAGCACCUGGGCCCAGGGCUGGUGGAUGCAGCCCAGGCUCGGCCCUCGGACAACUGCGUCUUCUCAGUGGAGCUGCAGCUGCCUGCUAAGGCUGCAGCCCUGGCCCACCUGGACAGAGGGGCGCCCCCGCCCGCCCGGGAGGCGCUGGCCAUCAUCUUCUUUGGUGCACAACCCCAGCCCAAUGUGACUGAGCUGGUGGUGGGGCCCCUGCCUCACCCAUCCUACCUGCGGGAUGUGACUGUGGAGCGACAUGGUGGCCCUAUUCCCUAUUACCGGCGCCCCACACUGACAGCUGAGUAUGUGCAGAUUUGGAGGUAUUUGAAAGAAGUGGAGUUCCCAAAGGCACCCACCUUUCUGGCUUCUGUCUUGAACUACAAUGGCUCCACGUUGGCACCUCUGCAUUCUGCUAGUGGCUUCCGUUCAGGGGACCGGGCUACCUGGAUAGCCCUCUACCAUAACAUCUCAGGUCUUGGAAUGUUCCUUCACCCUGUGGGGUUGGAGCUACUGCUGGACCACACGGCCCUGGACCCUGCCCACUGGGUGGUCCGGCAGGUCUUCUACUUUGGGCACUACUAUGCAGACUUGGCCCAACUGGAAUGGGAAUUUAAGGCUGGCCACCUAGAAGUGGUUCAGGUCCCUCUACCCAAACCAAAUGGGGCUUCCUCCCUGAGGUCUCGAGUCACUCCAGACCCCCCUCUUCCUCCUCUACAGUUCUCAUCCCAGGGUCCCCAGUACAGUGUACAGGGAAACUCAGUGGUAUCCCCCCUCUGGACAUUUGCCUUCGGUCAUGGGGUGUUCACUGGCUUGAGACUUUUUGAUAUUCGGUUUAAGGGUGAGCGUGUGGCUUAUGAAGUCAGUGUCCAAGAGUGCCUGUCUGUUUAUGGUGCUGAUUCCCCCAAGACGAUGAUGAUCCGUUACUUGGACAGCAGCUAUGGGCUUGGCCGAAACAGCCGAGCCUUGGUUCGGGGGGUGGACUGCCCCUAUCAAUCCACAAUGAUGGACAUCCAUGUACUAACAGGUACAGGGGCAGUCCGCCUGCUCCCAGGGGCUGUGUGUGUAUUUGAGGAGGCCCAGGGACUACCCCUUCGAAGGCACCACAAUUACAUUGGGGGUCAUUUCUAUGGUGGUUUGGCCAGCUCGAGCCUUGUGGUCAGGUCAGUGUCAUCAGUGGGCAACUAUGAUUACAUUUGGGACUUUAUGUUGUACCCAAAUGGGGCGCUUGAAGGGCGUGUCCAUGCCACGGGCUAUAUCAACACAGCUUUCCUGAGUGGAGGAACGGAGAGCCUCCUCUUUGGGAACCGCGUGGGAGAGAGAGUGCUGGGGGCAGUGCACACACACGCUUUCCACUUCAAACUGGACCUGGAUGUGGCAGGUUUGAAAAACUGGGUGGUUGCUGAAGAUGCGGUGUUUAAGCCUGUAGCAGCUCCCUGGAACCCGGAGCACCAGCUACAGCGCCUACAGCUGACCAGGCAGGUCCUGAGCAGGGAGGACCUGGCCGCAUUUUCCUGGGGGAGCCCCCUGCCUCGAUACCUAUACCUGGCUACCAACCAGACCAAUGCCUGGGGCCACCAGCGCGGGUACCGAAUCCAGGUCCACAGCCCUCUUGGUAUCCAUGUACCUUUGGAGAGCGACGUGGAGAGGGCUCUCAGCUGGGGGAGAUACCAGCUUGUGGUGACCCAGAGGAAGGAGGAAGAGGGCCACAGCAGCAGCAUCUAUUACCAGAAUGACUUGCGGACCCCGACGAAGAUGGCCUUUGCUGACUUCAUCAACAAUGAAACCCUCUUAGGAGAGGAUCUGGUGGCUUGGGUGACAGCCAGUUUCCUGCACAUCCCCCAUGCUGAGGAUAUCCCCAACACAGUGACUGUGGGGAACAGCGUGGGCUUCUUGCUCCGACCCUACAAUUUCUUCGAUGAAGAUCCCUCGAUCCUCUCCCCUGGCAGUGUCUACUUUGAGAGGGACCAGGAUGCGGGACUCUGCAGUGUCAACCCUGUGGCCUGUGCCCCACAGCUGGCAGCCUGUGCCCCUAACUUGCCCUCCUUUUCUUAUGAAGGCUUAUAGGCCUGAGGUGUGGUUAAGACCCCAGGGAAGGAGAUGCAUGCACCUCCUCUGUCCUGCCUGCCCCUCCCCAGGUCCCCCCCACUCUGUUCCUUAGAAAACAGCCUCUUUCCACACUAAACCCUUGGGUUUCCUCUUCAGGGUUGAUUCUUGCCUCCUGUGUUUUGUUUUGCUGUUUGUUUGUUUCUGUUUGAGACAGGGUCUUUCUGUGUAGCCCUGGCUGUCCUGGAACUUGCCAGAUAGACCAAGCUGGCUUCAACUUGGCAGAGAUCUGUCUGCCUCUGCCGCUGCACUCUACUGGGAUUAAAGACAUGCACCACUGCGCCCGGCUCCUCCUAGUUAUUUAAAUGAUAAUUUAUUUUAAAAAUGUUUUUGGAAUACUCAAACAAAAUACCACAAAUCCUACCAUUUCAAAACUUGCUGGGGUUCACAUUAUACCAGGCCUUAUCUUAUGCGUGUGUAUUUAAAAAGAAUGGUUGUUAUGUGUAAUUGAUAAUAAAACGGUUUGCAAAAUUUU